CUGAAAAUGUGUGAACUUCCGGUAAGUUGAAGCGUAAACGGGCUUGACACAGUUUAGGGCCCCGCCCCCCGUCGGGUGACGUCGCAACAGGGCAGAGGGGCGCGCUGACGUCCUCUUUGCUGCACUCGGCCUGCCAACCGCUGCCGCUCGAACGUCAAGCCGUCGGCGGUGUCCCGCUGCUGUCCACCGAGGGAAGUCGCGUUGCACCAGCGUGGAUCUUCGCGCGUGGGACGCCUUUGGGCUAGUAGCCAUGAAAUGCAGCCACCCCACAACAAGCACCGUGCCCGUGUUGCACUGCAAGCAGCGCCAAGAAAUCCGCUCUCAUCUCACACGACUUUUGCCGUGAGUGAAAUCUGCUGGGCUGCCGACGACGAGUGAAGACGCCGCGCGAGCCCGAAGGACGACGGCGGUUCCGCUGCCGACGUUAGUUCUACCCUCAACCUCUGCAUUUGGAUUUUUUUUUUUUUUUUUUUUUUUUUUUAAAUUUAAAUUUUUUUAAUGGAGCUGGAGAACAUCGUGGCCAACACCGUCCUGCUUAAAGCCAGAGAGGGUGGAGGAGGCAAGCGGAAAGGGAGGAGCAAAAAAUGGAAGGCGAUCCUUCGUUUUCCCCACAUAAGUCAGUGCACUGAGCUGGGCAACAGCAUUGAGAAGGACUAUGUCAGCAUCUGUGAGAAACAGCCUAUCGGAAGGCAGCUCUUCCGAGUUUACUGCGAGACCAGACCAAAACUGCAACGCUGCAUUCAACUACUGGAUGCAAUGGAAGAUUACGAGGUGACGCCUGAUGAAAAAAGAAAAAGCAGAGGGGACCAGAUUAUCAAGACCUUUCUUUCCAAACAAUCACCUGAGCGUGUGGACAUCGCAGAGGUCUUCGCAGAUCAGUGCCGAGAGAACCUCGAGCUCAGUCCGUGUAAGGAGAUCUUCAGCAACUGCCGCAAAGCCGUCCACGACUACCUGAGCGGGGCGCCGUUCGCAGAUUUUGAGAACAGCAUGUACUUUGACCGCUUCCUGCAGUGGAAGAUCCUGGAGAGGCAACCAAUCACGAAAGACACGUUUAGACAGUACCGAGUGCUGGGGAAGGGAGGAUUUGGAGAGGUGUGCGCCUGUCAAGUUCGAGCUACAGGAAAGAUGUAUGCCUGCAAGAAGCUGGAGAAGAAGAGGAUAAAGAAGAGGAAAGGAGAGUCGAUGGCCCUCAACGAGAAGCAGAUCUUGGAGAAAGUUAACAGUAGAUUUGUUGUGAGCUUGGCGUACGCGUACGAGACCAAAGACGCUCUCUGUCUGGUGCUGACCAUCAUGAAUGGUGGUGACCUAAAGUUUCACAUCUACAACAUGGGCACGCCAGGCUUUGACAAAGACAGGGUCCAGUUUUAUGCUGCUCAGAUCUGUUGCGGUCUCAAGCAUCUUCAUAGGGAAUCCAUUGUCUACAGAGAUUUGAAACCAGAGAACAUCCUACUUGAUGACAACGGACACAUCCGUAUUUCUGACCUGGGCCUUGCCAUUAAAGUGCCUGCAGGGGAGAUGAUCCGAGGACGAGUGGGCACCGUGGGCUACAUGGCUCCGGAAGUGAUCAACAAUGAAAAGUACGGGAUGAGUCCUGAUUGGUGGGGGCUGGGCUGCCUCGUGUACGAGAUGACCGCGGGGCGAUCGCCCUUCCGUGCCCGCAAAGAGCGAGUGAAGCGGGAGGAGGUGGAGAGGAGGGUGCAGGGGGAAGAGGAAGAGUACAACGACAAGUUCACGGAGGACACCAAGGAAAUCUGCAGAAGGCUGCUCACCAAAGACCCGAAGCAGAGGCUGGGCUGCCAGGGGGACAGAGCGGCAGGCGUCAAGGCCCACGCCUUCUUCAAAAACAUCAACUUCAAGAGGCUGGAAGCUGGAAUAGUGGAGCCUCCUUUUGUGCCUGACCCUCGGGCAGUCUACUGUAAGGAUGUGUUGGACAUCGAGCAGUUCUCCACAGUCAAGGGAGUCAAUUUGGACCAAACUGACAACGACUUCUACUCCAAAUUUGCUACAGGCAGUGUUUCCAUCCCAUGGCAGAAUGAGAUGAUAGAAACGGAGUGUUUCAGAGAUCUGAAUGUGUUCGCCCCUCAAGGGAUGAGACCUCCAGACCUUGACUGGAGUCAACCGCCGGAGCCUCCCAGACGCAGCCUGCUGGACAGGAUCUUCAGGAGGCACCACCCAGAGGUGUCUAUUUCCCACAGCCGUGUGCAGUCUUCCAGCGUGAACUCUGUGGACUCAAUGUCCAACUCUGCCCCCUAGUGGUGCAGUGACAGCAUGGGCGCCAUCCACACAAAGGGAAGAAGCUCUAAAGGGUUGUUUACCCGCUGCUAAUUAGUUGAUAGCUGGGUCCAGAGACUGCCUGUCUAAAGUCUCACGGGUCAGCCCAUAAAGGAGCUUGACCGGGCCAUUUUUUUUAGUGAGAUGGUCGGAGACAUUUUGAAAUAUUCGGACAAACCCUCGUACCCUCAGGAUCGUUGGACUACGGAGCAGCGCCGCUUGUGUUGCUGAAAGAGUUAAAACGAGAGAAACUAAGCUAAUAUUCUUUUUCAGGGGGAUCCAUUGUAUUACGAAGACCCACUACAAGGAAUAGAAAAGUGGGUCCUCGGUGAUGUUUCUUUUUCCCGAAAUAGUCUUUUACUUCCGGGCCUGUACCAAUAGCUACCCAUCUAUUUAUAGUGUCACCAUCUGUAUAUCACUGAUAUAACCUUCUCUGUAUUUCCCACCUGCCUUACCUCGCAUCACUCCUUAACAUUCAGAACGGACCGCCUCGUCCGCGACCUCGGCUCGUAAUAGGCAUCGCCUCGUGUCCACUCAGGCCAAAGAUGACUGAUCAGCUGUGCGAUGUUGAUUUCGUGGUCUGAAGUUGUCUUUCGGAAUCACGUGAGAUCAGUUUGUGGGCUGUUUGAUGAGUACAAUACACACAUUCUUCAUAUGUGAGCCUGCAGGCGUAUCAUGCGGCUUGCAUACAGACGCGUUGUGUAAACAGCGGUGUGAGAAUCGCAGCUGCAUCGCUUUUGCUUCUGCAUACCUCAUUCCACUGAUGUUAAUGUAUACCACACAGGCAUCUCCCUCAGUUUACAGUGUCACUUUAUAGUUGACAUUAUGUGACAUUAUAAAGAAUAACGACUAUGCUGUACAGGAUCCGAAAUAUUUUGUUUUGUUGAGGGAUUUUUCUGCACAGUCCCGGUGAAACGGAGAGGAACACAUGCACUCAGCCUGACUUAGAAGUUGCACAUUUUACAAUCAUGUCAUGCUGUUGUUUGUUUGUUAGUUUGUUUUCACCAAAAUGAAAAUGUUUUACCUCCGAAGGCACAUGAUUGCAUUGGUAAUUCCGUGCAAUGCGUCUUUUCUACAGUUUAGUUACAGCAUCUGAAAUGUUAAGUGUUCUUGUUUCCUUUAUGCCUUUUACAUUUCAAUAAUAUUACUGCCUCACUAUUACAUGCACCGGUUUUUGUCUUUUUCUCCUUUCCGUGAUGAAAAUGCCUCAUCUUGUCUAAAGGCUCCGCAUCUUGUUAUAUUUCUGAGACUCGAUGACGAUAUGAACUAUGAACGGUUGCUCUUAUCCUCAUUUUAUUUAUCUGGUCCACUUCAUUUACGCCGGAAGAAACCGAAAUAGAACACAAAGAUCAAGUGGCCUUCCUGCGGCAGCACAGCCAAUUAAAAAGGACGAGCAUCACCGCGUCUUCCUGUUUUUAAUAGCGUUCUUUUCCUAUUUUGGGAAGAUCCGUUGACGAAUUUCAUUCGCCCGUCUCGCAAGUCUGCCCAACUCCCAAAAAGUCCGAAUCAGACUGAAGCGCCUCCUAGCUUGCGCGAGCACCCAGACGAUCGCCACGUAGACAUCAGCGCUUGUGAGUUCUCUGACCGUCUGCCGUGCUCAUGUGUGCGUGACGGGGAGCGCGUCGACACAAAAAGGCCGUUGCAGUUGGAGGCGCGCUGGAUGCGUGUGAAAGCCGAACCCAACGGUGUCUUUCAAGUCCCAAUAAACUUCGUGCUUUAGUUUGAGUGCGCCGCAGUGUGCUCGUCUCUUCAUUCGAUGCGUGUUCUUAAAAAGUCUCGACAGGUGUUUUUUAUCCAUGACAAUUUCCAAGGGCGUCCACGUCUACGCCUCUCUGUGACUCUCCCAGUCUCGCCGUAUGUCUUCUGUCGCAACCUGCCAGUGACGCCGCGCGGCGCUCGGAACGUCCCGUAUGACGCCGAGCAAUUUGAGGUACUGAACAACUGGCCUCGUGAUGUCAAAAUGGGAACGGCGUGAUUCAGAGGACCGAUUCCAAUUCAGCCAGGACAUAUAUUAGUCAUUCAUGAUUUUAAAAGUCGUUCCGCAGUUGGACUGAAACAGAUUACUUGGACAGGUGCAUUAGAAAGUUGAGAGGUCAAAAUAUGUUCACCUCUAAAGGUUCUAAACCCGAAUAUCCCUGAAUUUUGGUCGUGUGGUAUUUGAGUU